GCUGUCAUGGGAAAUGCCUGCUCCGAUGGCUGCUUUGGCAUGCUUGCCAGCAAGAAGGUGACCCAGCUUAGGGCCUGCAAAGAGGAGCUCAAGAAGUUCAUCGACAGCAAGAACUGCCAUCCGAUUAUGGUGCGCCUCGCGUGGCACGACUCCGGCACCUACGACCAGCGCAUCAAGGACUUCCCGGCACGUGGUGGCGCCAACGGUGCUAUUCGAUUCCCAGGCGAGUUGAAUUUCGGUGCCAAUGCCGGUCUCGACAAGGCGAAAGGCUUCCUGGAGCCCUUUGCGGCCAAGUACCCGGAGAUCUCUUGGGCUGACUUGAUCCAGCUCGCGUCUGCUACGGCAAUCGAGUGUGCCGGAGGGCCCGUGAUUGACAUGAGGUAUGGGCGUGUGGCGGUGCAGUCUGACGCUGAUUGCGUGAAGUCAGCCUCGCGCGAG